AUGUGGAAGUGGAACUUGCGAUAUUUGCAAAACUGGAUUUAUGUAGAAUAAUUCUAGGUCUAAUUGCUAACCAGGAUAUUAAACAGAAGAUUACAAUACAUGUAUUUGAUAUCUUCGACCAAGUGCAAUUUUUUAGGAGGUUGUUCUACAUGUAUAGAUAUAACAAAUUAAGUAGCUCUCUAUUCAUGCAAAGAAGGGUAUAUCAUGAACACUUCAAAUAAUUGUGAAAAUUGUCCAAAUAAUAGUAAAAUCUGUGGUUCAACAUCAAUAUGUUUUUAAUGCUAAUAUAAUUAUUGGAAUAAUGGUAUUGUAUUUCUGAAUUAUAAUGUGCUUCUUGCAAAUAACACUAUUUUCUAUUUGAUCAUAAUUGCAUUAAAUGUUAGUUGCCAUUUUAUAAUUGUGUUGAUCUUGCCAUAAAAUGCAUUUUAUGUGCUCUUCCAAGUUAAAUCUCUAGGUAGCAAUGGAUAUUUUGUGAAUCCAUCAUUAUUUGGAUCAAAAUAUUAAAUUUUAUCUAUAUCUUAAAUAUACAAAAAUGGUGAUUAUUUUACUGAUUGUGCAUCAACGUUUUUGAUGAAUACUUCUAUUCCUAAUUAAUGUAUACAUCCUAAUAAAACUUAUGAAGUAUAAAAAACUACAUAUAAUUGA